AGCCAUUCGGGCUCAGGCCGCUGGUCCAGCGCUCCGCCGCCCGCCGCCCUCGCUGCCCGCAGCCAUGCCCGCGCCUUCGGGAGGUCGCGCCGAGCAGCCGGCGCCCGAGCUCGCGGAGCUCGGCGCCGCGUCGGGGGAGGACGCCGCCAGCACCACCGACAGCGACGCCGCCCCGCGCCCGCGGCCCCUGCCCGGCCGCCUCGCCACGGCGGCGCUCUGCGCCGCGUGCGCCGCGCGGCCCACGGCCGCAGCACCGCCGCCGGGACGCGGACCACGACGUGGUCAGCCUCGGGGCGCUGGGCGCGCUGGGCUCCAUGCUCGAGGGCGGCGCGAACCUCAUCAACGACGGCGUGGACGCGAACGACGCGAUGGCCUCGCUCCCGGGCCAGAUCAGCGAGGUCGGGAGCCAGCUGGGCACCACCGGCCCCGACGGCGCCACGGCACACGGGCCCCUCGUCGACGCGCUCCGCAACGGGACCUUCCGCGCGUGGCUCCAGAACGAGUCCAACCGCGAGAAGCUCAAGCGGCUGCUGAAGAAGCCCAACAACCUGCACGACGGCAAUUUCUGCGAGGACGACGAGGAUCGGGCGGCGGCAGGGUGGUGGACAAGAAGUGCUCACUGAUCACGGGAGGCGUGUACCCGUUUCGGGGCACCGCGUUCUCGUGUUGCAAGGCGACACCAUGCACUUUGUUAAACUCGCAUUUCAUUAUGUCGAUGUGCGGCGGGUACGACAUCGCCGGCGAGAGGGCCAACAACGCGUGCCCCCACGCCAGAGGGGCGUGCUACGCGGACGAGGAGAUGCGGCUGAAUACGUGUUACAAGAAGUGCGUCUUGCUCACCGAGGGAACGCACGCCUUCAGGACCGCGGCAGAGACGUGCUGCAAGUAUGAAAGCACCAUGCAGUGCAUGACGCACCCCAACUCCUCCGUGACUAGCCCCCUGUACGCAGUCGGUGGCGGCGAGUUCGAGAAGAUCAACAGGUCGAACAUGACCGUGAACCUGCCACACACCCCAGUCAAGGUCGAGGCCGAGGCGCCAUGAUCUGUAUUUGCACCCUGCCUCAGGUGCGCACCCUGCUGCAUAUUGCAUGGGCAGGGAAUCUGGCUCUGUGUCUUCUCCCGUUAAGCGGUGUGCUGUUUUGUUUUGAUUGUGUAGCUGCUGCGAAUAAUUUUCAAUAUAGCUCGUCGGCCUGUCGGGCCGGCCGCAGUGAUCAAGAAAGCGAUAUGGAUAAAGUCCAUUGCGAAAUUCGUCUUGCCCCAUUGCAUGGAAUCGCCCAGCCUGCUACCUGUCGCGUAGUGCUGUGGCGUUCGCUUGCAAAGGUCUUGCGACAGUCCAGUUGUUCCGCGAAUGUACGAGUGUCCAUUCAGACAUUAGUAUCAUCCUCC